AUGUUAAUAUCAACAGUACUUCAAAAAACAGUUUUAAAAUCAACAUCGUUACCAAUGAUGUUUAUUCGUUCAUAUAGAACAAAAGAUAUGUUACGUCGACGAUGCGCAGAUUGUUAUGUCGUUUGGCGUUAUGGAAGAAUGUACAUUGAAUGUCCAAAAUUUCCACGUCAUAAAACUGUUUCCAAACUUUCACAAGAAAAAGGUUGGGGAUGGUUAGAUUGGCGAUUAGCACCAAAAAUUGAACGCAUUAAAUAG